AUGACAGCGAUCGACGAGGUGAAGAAGCAGAGCCGCGGGGGGCAGUACCUCUCUGUGGAGCUGCCCGAUGGGUCGCUGCUGGUGCAUGCCAUCGACCGCGGUGCCAAGCUGCCCAUGCAGCUGGGGAGGGAGGUGCUGGCUGGGGUGGUGGGCGUACCAGAGAGGGGCGACUGGCGGGCGUGCAAGGAGACGGCAGAGGAAGAGGCAGCCAUGGCUGAUGCGUUCAAGAAGCAGUUCCAGCCGUUUGACAUCAUGGGAUGA